AUGGGCUGGGUAGGUGCGGGCGUGCUUAUUGCAACAACAGCCUACUUUCUCUACCGCUACCCUCCUCGCAGCUGGGCCGAGCCUCGUUCUUUUGCCCCUCCGGAACCCAACACCGACGCGCCGGUUGCCGCUGCCACCGCAGACGAGCCUGUGCAGCGGAAGCAUGGCUCAGAGGCGUCGGCAUCAUCAAUAGAGACAGAGGAUGAGGAGGAUUCUCAGAGCACACCCAAGGCUGCGGCUUCGAGCGCACCAACCCCCGUCCUUGCGGUCCCUACAUUCAGCCUGGACAGCGGCGAGCGCGAGACAUCUCAACCCGCCACGAUGUCGUCCAUUUCACAACCCAUGAAUGGAACAGCAGAGCAACUAUCCUCGAAAACCCGUGAUAAUGUACCAAAGUUCCAACCGCCAUCGCAGCCAUCCCUCGCACCCCCUCCAAAGCCACAGCCAUCAUCUAUACUCCCGAAGGCUACAACAACCGGCGCUAGUUCCCUAAUGCCUCCACCCCCAGUGCCACGGUCCCGGCCAAUAACUCAAACGAACCGUCUCACCCCCACAAGCACGCUCCAACCCCCACGGCUCAACGGCAACUCCCUUGGUCCGCCACCAUCAGCAGCCGCAGCUCAGCGCGGCCUAGGCGCACCGAGUAGCGGCAGCCGUCUUAGCAACAGCACCCUCGCCCCGACACAAGUAUCUCUAAAGAAGUCCUCAUCGCGCCAAGUGAUUCUCGCACCAGGGUUCUCGCCCCUUGACUGGGCAGCACGGGCAGCGAACCCGAAGAACAACCUCCGCGGCGAAGGCCUUCCCCCAGGCCUGUUGAGGGUUACACCGUCAAUGCUAAAGGAGCAGCACGGGCGUAAGGGUCGGGAUGCCUGGACUUCAUACCAUGGAAAGGUGUACAAUAUCUCGCCCUACGCCCCUUACCAUCCAGGUGGGAAGGGUGAGCUCCUCCGUGGCGCGGGGAAGGACUCUGCACAGCUGUUUCAAGAGAUCCAUCCGUGGGUCAACUGGGAGGGAAUCCUUGGCGAGUGUCUGGUCGGAAUUCUGGUUUCGGAGCAUGAUUUCCAGACCGAGAAUGCUUUGGAUGCGAUGGACUGA